UCUCGACAGAUUCCGGUACCCUAUUAGAUGCGUAGAAUCUGUCGAGGUUUGCCGAAUGCAAAUCAGUGAUAACAACAAAGCAUGUCCCAGUAAAGUGUGUUCGUGUUCUGUAGGCAUAAAACUGUACGAUCCAUAUAUAUAGUGUAGAUAGUUCCGUGUUCUAGUCCUUCCUAGUAUAUAUUAAAGAUGACUACAGUAUGGCGGUGGUAUUUACGCAGUUUACAGAAAUAUCCAACUCGAACUAUGGCUACCACAACAGGUACCAUAAUGACAUCUGGUGAUUUAUUAAGUCAGUUAGUAAUAGAGAAAAAACAGUAUGAGCCCGUGAGAAGUUUACGGUAUCUUGGCUUUGGUUUAAUAUUUUUAGGACCUUUAAUGAGAGGCUGGUAUUUAUUGUUAGAGAGAUUAUACGCUGGAACCAGAUUGGCGUCAUUAAAAAUGGUUGUAACAGAUCAGCUAAGCUUUGCACCAUUGGUUUGUUUUUCCUUUGUGACUGGUAUGGGUUUGUUAAAAGGAGACAGUGUGGCAGAUAUUAAAAAGACUUUAAAUGAGAUCUAUUUCGAUAUAUUAAUAGCCAACUACCAGGUGUGGCCAGCUGCUCAGUUGAUUAAUUUCUACUUUGUACCUCUACAACAUAGGGUGCUGGUAGUGAAUUUUGUAGCUUUAGGAUGGAAUACGUAUCUAGCAUGGAAAUCAGAGAAAAGUAAAAGUUCAUCAUGAUGAGUGAUUUAAUGGUAUAUAUGGACUAAAAACAUAUUCAAACUAAUUAAUUUGUCAUAAUUUUGCUUCAAAUCCUUCUCAAACAUUGUAAUUGCAAAGGAAUGUCCUGCUAUAAAAAUUCGAUCAAACCAGGUCAUGUUUACAUCACGUGACUUACCUCUCUUGGAAGUCAGAGGAGAAUUCAUCGCAUACAUAAGACGAUGUUGUCUUUAAUCACUUACUAUUUAUUACAAAUAUGGAAUCCUAAUUAAAUUCUCGGAUUAUCCACUACCCACGUCUUUUUCGGUCAUUUUUAUCUCAGAAAGUGUUGUACGUCUAACUCUUCAUAAAGUUUAUCAACUUGUACAUCAAGCGUUCAAUGUUCGCGUGUGACCUUUGACAUCACGCGUGCAGAAAUUUCUAAUCGUCGGGCUGUUGAUUAGGGGAACCCUUACAUUUUUGUCCUGUAUACGCUCCAUGAGUGUUUUUCGGGGAAUCUAGUAUUUUUCUAGUCAGAUUGGAUAUCUCUACUUUCCAUAUAUACAAAUAUUACCAUACUUUUAUUGGAAAUAACCACCCGAUAAAUACUUUUCUGGGAACUCAUCUUUAAUGUCUUGUGAUUUUAUGAUGAUAAUUAGACCUAAUCAUUGAUUUGUGACCGGAAGAUUUGAAUGAAAUAAUCAUUGAUUUGUGACCGGAAGAUUUGAAUGAAAUAAUCAUUGAUUUGUGACCGGAAGAUUUGAAUGAAAUAAUCAUUGAUUUGUGACCGGAAGAUUUGAAUGAAAUAAUCUGUGAUUUGUGACCGGAAGAUUUGAAUGAAAUAAUCUGUGAUUUGUGAACGGAAGAUUUGAAUGAAAUAAUCUGUGAUUUGUGAGAGGAAGAUUUGAAUGAUAUAAUCUGUGAUUUUUGAUAUAUUUGAUUUAUGUUCUAGUGUAAAAAUGAUUCAAAUCAGUCACAAUAUUUUUCAUAAUAUGUGUUCCAGUGAAAAACAAUCCAAUGGAUCCAAAACACUACCCCUCCCCCCACACACACACACACACACCUUCCGCACUUUAUUCCUAUGUUAAAUAAUCCAGAAAGCUAACUCCGUAACUUGUGUUCCUGUGUGAAAUAAUCCAGAAAGCUAACUCCGUAACUUGUGUUCCUGUUUGAAAUAAUCCAGCAAGCUAACUUCCUAACUUGUGUUCCUGUGUGAAAUAAUCCAGAAAGCUAACUCCGUAACUUGUGUUCCUGUGUGAAAUAAUCCAGAAAGCUAACUCCGUAACUUGUGUUCCUGUGUGAAAUAAUCCAGAAAGCUAACUCCGUAACUUGUGUUCCUGUGUGAAAUAAUCCAGAACGCUAACUCCGUAACUUGUGUCCUGUGUGAGAAAAAAAUUGAUUUUGAACAUUUUCCCAUCCUGUAACUGUUUUCCAGUGUGAAACAAGCUACUCGAUUCUGAACAAUUUCCCCUCCAAUAUUUUGUGUUCCACUGUGUAUCAAACCACUUGAUUCUGAACAAUUUUCCCUCCAGUGUUUUGUGUUCCAGUGUAAGAUAAUCCAAUUGACCCUUAUUACUUAGAUUAUAUUUUCCACAAUUUGUGUUCCAGUGCCAAAUAGAGAGAGAGAGAGAGAAAUGGGGUUUAACUCCACUCGACACAAACUAGGUCAUUU